AUGGAGAGACAGCAGACCUUUCAGCGAUUGAAACAGCCAUGUAUCCAGCUGCUGCAGGUUACCGCCAGACUCGCACAGAAUCCGGGCGCUAGGAAGGACCUAAUUCAGGCGCUUACGAACUUGCUCAGCACCCUCCAGACGAUCACUACCACACCAGAUCUGCUGGAUGCAAAAUUGACCGAAUAUACUUUUGUUCCAAUCUCUCAGGUCCUUAGGAUCUCACGACAAGUGCCCGUACGUGCACUAGAACUGUGUCUCGAAUGUAUCUCGGUUCUUCUAUGCGCCGGCUGGGGAGGAGGUCUCGACCCUGCUCUGUCUGGCCAGCUCCUCAUCCUCUUUACAUUCCUGGCAAAACCCUCUUCAGCAGAAAAUGGCAUCGCUGGGACUUCAGAGGAACUUCAGUCAUUGGCCUUCCAAUGCAUGGCUGAGCUCAUGACUGAAGUGUCUCGCACGAAUCAGGGCCAACAAGUCAUGACUGCUACAGCCAACAUACCAGCUCUGGGCGAGGCCGUUCUCAUCAUGCUUGACGGUCUAACGGACAGCAGUUCCAACAGUGUCAAAUUCCGGGCUACUACAGCGCUUAAAGCCCUCAACGCUGCAUUAGCAGACGAUGACGCUUUAGCAAGCUUUCUUCCCAAGAUAGUCUCGUCUCUUACUAAGGUGUUGACCCCAAGUAGUAGUAAUCGGCCAGGUUUUCGGGUCGUCGAGCAGAGCUUGGGGCUACUUUCUUCGCUGCUGUUACGCCUACUCAGCGAUCGGAAAACCAAGCAUCUACCCGAAAAAGCACCUCCAGAGCAGCUCGCGAAAAGUCCUACAGUAACGCGCUCCGCCCCAUGGCUGCAAGCGACAGCAUCUCAGAUGAAGAUCGCUCUCGCAAACGUCUUCAAGCUUCGAGAUCAUGACAAAUUAGAGGUUCGACAGGCACUCCUGCGAUUGUGUCUUUGCAUCAUACAGGACUGCCGAAAAUCGCUCUCUAACUGUACGAGCAUGGCUAUUGAAACGAUCAUCAGCCUUGUUGGCCAUGAAGGCUCCCAAGACACAAUUGAGAACCAGCUCAAAGUGUUGUUAUCCACAGAUCAUAACCUCGCAGACCUUUUGCGCGAAAGCCUUCAUGGCUGGAUCAUGGCCCUUCCCCGGCUGAUGCAGUCGAAAGAUGACCGUAGCCGACGUCGAAUUAUUCAUCAAGUUUCGGUCACGCUACGAUUAUUUGAGCAAGACCCGACCACUCUCGGCGAUAGAUUGGCUGAUAGUCUUCGUGAUGGUGUCUCUACGGUUCUAUGUGAUUCGAAGGGGCUAGAAGAAAUCGUCGAAAAGACGUCGGAGACAUUGACAGAUCGAGCCUUGGUGCUAGACUCAACAAUAUCCUCGUCCUUCGAACCGCUCAAGCUACGUUUCAAGGGUCAAGACGAUGUCAUCGCGGAAUUCAAGCUUCUAUUAAAUGAGAUCGCGAGAUCGGACUCCGCAUUGGCGGUGGCACAAGAGCUUACAAAGUCGAUCGAUGUUGGAACACUGGAAUCACAACUAGCCAGUUUUUGGGUUUCCGUCAACCUGAUCAGAGAUCUCACAACGAACAACCCGUCCUUCGAUGACUUUAUCGACAUGGGAACGCCGAAUUUGCGGGAAGAAACAUUAGAUGCCCUAUACUCCCACUCGUUGACGAUUCUCAAUCAACAAGAGUCGAGUAUAGAUAUGCCCUGGCACUUUUAUGCGCUAGCCCUCGAGACAGUAGCAUUACAGGCAACGCGGUACAAAGCAGGAUUUCGUCCAGAGCUGAGCGAAGUUCUAUACCCAGUUUUACAUCAUCUCGGAAGCUCGAAUGUUGCACUUAGGGAGCAUGCAUUGACCUGCCUAAACAUAAUCGCAGAGACUUUGGGGUAUUCUAACGCUGGCCUGCUCGUUGUUGCCAAUGUUGACUAUAUCGUCAACGCUGUUGGGUUAAAGCUUGCCAUUGGAGAUGUCUCACCCCAGGCUCCUCAAGUUCUAUUGAUGAUGAUGCGACUCUGCGGACCAUCUUUGUUGCCGUAUCUGGAUGAUCUUGUGGGAAGCAUAUUUGACGCGCUAGAGAGAUAUCAUGGGUAUCCCAAACUUGCGGAGCUCUUAUUCUCCGUUUUGAAAGGUAUGGCGGAAGAGGGUGUGAAGGCACCACAGCUGGCUCUAACUGCAGCCAACGAGGAUGAGCCAGGCCAUGGCCGCAAGAAACUGGUCUCUAUGGGGGAUGUCGUCGAGGCGUUGAGAAGCAUGGAAGCAGACUCACUCAAAAGCACAGAGGAAAUGGAGGAGUGGUCCACAGAGCCCUUCCCUGAAAAGCCGUGGAAAGCUGCUACCACUGCAGAGAAUGAAGAGCGGAGUGAUAGAGUGGCCGAAGAGGAACCUACAACUGAUACUCAACCGGCAGAACUUCCGCCUCCCGCCCCAAGAACUUUCGAUAUCCUGCUCAAGAUCUCCGGACUCACACAGCACUACCUGACGACAAACUCGCCAAGCCUUCGAAACUCGCUUCUGUCUCUUCUCAGAACCACGAUUCCUGCACUCGCAAAGCAUGAGAAUUCUUUCCUGCCCCUCAUCAACACCCUCUGGCCUGUCUUGCUACCUCGCUUACAGGAUCCAGAGGGAUACAUUGUGUCCAAUACGUUGGAUAUAGUGGCCCUAAUGUGCGAGUACGCCGGCGACUUCAUGAGGACGCGCGUUGAGGAUGCUUGGGACAUUAUCAGAAAAGUUUAUCGACGCACCAAGCACCAAACAGACAGUCGCAGCAAAGGCGGCAGUCUCAUCUCUACAUCCCUCAGCAUUUCAACAAUUGAGACUAGCAUGACCAAACUCUCCAUGGACUCUGCUCCGACUCGUGAUCUGUUCCGGCCGGAGUUAUACGUUGAUGCGCCUACACGCAUGGUUUGGAAGAGCUUUGUUGAUCUGUUGAGCGCAAUUGCUAAACACGUCACGGUCCGAGAAGAGCGGUUUGAUGAGUUGCUGGACAUGCUGGAUCCGGUUCUGGAGAGGAGCGAUGUGCGUCAGGCCCUCGAGCAAUGCAACGCAGAUGCAGUCUGGUUGCGGUUGUACAAGAAGAUCAAGCGAAAUUCGUUACAAAAGAGCAGUGGCUCUCGCCUUUCGGACGACACGUUCACAUCGACUAGAAAAGUGCCUGUUGGUAGGCCUCAUUGGCAAUUUGUGCGGCUUUGA